AUGGGGAUGCUGCUGAUCUUCCUAGUAUGGACUGCUUUUCUUGGUAAGUUUGACUCCUGUUUUCUAGGCAGCUAUGUUAUUUUAUUUUACCCUUCUGGGAUAUUAGGGCUAGAGGGCUCUGUAUAAGAACCUAGCAGAUAUAAGGUUAAUAAUAACACUGAUGAAUCUAGCUGGAGGAGAUGGAAAGAUAUGCCAAUUUCAGUGCUCUCUCUCUCAUUUUUUAAAUCUUAUAUUCAAUAUUCCACAUUUCUGCCAUGUUUGUUGAGUGUUCGUUUAUUGAAAUCCUCAUGAAAAUUUAUCAGUGUUCUAGUGCUAAUUUUUCCUAAUAAAUACAUUUUAUUAGGCAGCAGCUGCACUUUGGAACUCCCUGCCUAUUGAGAUCAAGCAGGAACCUUCUCUGUACUCUUUUUCAGCAUCUGCUAAAAAUAUUCUUGUUUAGACAGUCUGCUCAGAUGCUUAGGAAGUUAAGGUUAUUUUAAUUGGUUUUAGUAUUUCAACUUUUGUAUGUUUUAAAAUACUGUUGUAGACAAAGGAUCUCUUCUGUGUUAAUUAUACCCAGGUGGUUUCUUUAAAGUUAAGUGUUCUUUUACAUUGAAUUUAUUGCAUAAUCAUGAUUAUUAGCAAAAAUCUUGGAGAGGGUAUGUAGCAACUUCCCAAGGAGGAAAGGGUUUAAUGUUUGGGGUGGAGAGAGGAGAGUUGGGGAUGGACGUAUAAAAUUAUGCAUGGGGUGGCAAAAGCAAACAGCAAGAGGUAGUGAAAUUUAGCAGUUAGAGUUUUGGACUAGGGCCUCUCAGAGCAAGAUUCAGAUCCGUGCUCAACCUACCUCACCAUGUUGCUGGGAGGAUAAAAUGGGAAGGGGCUGAACCACAUAUACAUAUACAAUUUUGAAUUUGUUGGAGGAAAGGUGGGAUAUAGUUAUAAUAAACAAAUAAAUUGAGAGGUAUCUGUCUCUCGUUAUACUAAAUUCCAGAGUCACCCAAGGAAGUUGAAUGGUGGGAGAUUUUUUUUUUUGUCUUCUAAUUUUUUAUUUAUACUUUUCAAAUUUCUACAUUUCAUUAGUUUUACAAUCAAUGUAACAUUUUGAAAUUUGACUUCCUUCCCCUCUUUCUGCGGUUUCUUAAAUUUAUUUUUUAAUAUCUUCGGCAUAUCCAAAUCCAUUUAAUAGGGGGAGAUUCAAGACAGCCAAAAAGGAACACAGAUCAUAAUUAAACUAUGGAAUUAGCUAUCUUAAGGUGCGGUGAUGGCCAAGAAAUGGGAUGGCUUUAAAAGGUGAUGAGACAAAUGCAUGGAGCCUAAGGCUAUUAGCGGCUGCUAGCCAUGAUGGCUGUGGACUACCUUCAAUGUCUGAGGUGAAAUGUCUCUGAAUACCAGUUUCUGGGGAACAUGAGUCUGAUACUGAUCCUGCGCUCAUUUGCUGCUUGUGGGCUUCCCAUAAGCAUUUGUUGGCUUAGAGGCCGAAGCAACGUUUUGUGUUUUGUUUUGUUUUGUUUUUUGAGGAAGCCGGGGCCCCUCAGUGUCCAGAGGGCAGCCCUCUGGCUCCUCACAAGUCACAUGCACAAUGUCAGGAUGUCAAGUUGGGGCCCCUCAGCCCUCUUGAGCAGCCGGUGCCUCUGCUGGUUGGCCACACUGAAAACAGGAUACUCCUCCUGGUUGGGGCUUUGGUCUGAUCCAGCCAGCCUCUUCUUAUAUUCUUAUGACGCACUGAACACAAUUUCCUUUGUGGGCAAGUGGCAUUCUCUACGUUAACCGAAUCUGACCUAAUCCUUUUGUCGCCUUUGUUUUGCAUUUCAGUGGUUGACUGCACACCUCCACACAAACAUCUGCAGGUGCUUCCCAGGUUUGGGGGUGCCUAUCAUAUAACAGGUAACGAACUUCUUCACUGCUCUUGGAUGCUUCAGGGGGAAAUUAUUUGUAGAGACUAGGCAGAGAUGAGACACCUGCGUUGGGGGCAGAGUAUGCAACACUUCAGGUGAUAAUGGAAAGGGAUAAUUUAUUAGUCUUCUCUACACCGCUCUCCUCCCAAUUUCUAAAGCAGAGAUGGGAAGCCAAUGGCAUUCCAGAUAUUAUUGGACUCUUAACUCCCGUCACCCUUGACCCCUGGCCAUGCUGGCUGGAGCUGAAGGGAGCUGGAGUCCAGCAACAUCUGGAGGGCCACAGGUUCCCCAUCCCUGUUUUAAAGAACUGCAUCUUCCCAUUUAAGAGGUAUGCUCACUAGAAGCAGGGCAGAAGAUGAUCCGCUCCUUAAUUUCUGUAUUAAAAAUGGUUUGUGGCGACAGGAAGCACAGAGCUGGUUUCUGAUUAAAGCUUAUGCUGACGGAUCGCAUUAAUUAAUUGAAGCUUGCAGCCCCAAAUGUGGAGAGCGGUGUCCUCAGAACAGGACCAUCUGGCAGCAUAGAGGCACACCUGGAAGAAUGUGCAGGCUUAGUGCAAACACAGAAACAAAUAAAUCUCAAAGCAAGUUGGAACAAAAAAGGCUCUCUUGGGCAUCUGUGAAAUUACCUUAUGAAAAAAUAAGCAGCCAUCUAUCAGUCACUGCCUUUGUGUGUUAAUUCAUUGCUUUAACUUUUUAUCAGCCUUCUGUUCUUUCUAGGUAUGAUUUGCCAACUGACAGAUGUCCACUGGAAUAAUGUUUAUCUCUUUGUAUUGCACUCAUUUUUCUCAAUCUUAUGUAAAUGCAGCACGCUUGGAGCUAGAUUAUUUGUGAUAAGUACAAUGCCCAUAUCUCAGAGAUGCCUCAUUAUGGAGGUGGCUCUGUGUGCAGAGGGCGUUUCCUUCCAUUUUUAUUGCAAGGCUGGGGAACCUCUGGCCCUCCAGAUGUUACUACACUACAACUCCCAUCACCCCUCACUAUUGCUCAUGUAAUAUCCAACCAUCUCUGGAGAGUCACUGGUUCCCUACCCUUGGUGUCAGGAGCCAGAGUCAAGGGCAGGUUAGCAAUGAAACACCCAGUGUCAGUGAAGUUAACUCUUUAUUCAAAGGGCAGACCUAGUGAUCACAGCAACUCUUCCCAGUAGGUCUUGCCCCCAAUGAGGCAGUUGCAAGGACUAAAGGUCCCUGCCUUUCCACCGCUCCCUAAGGCUCCUCCCCAGGGUUCUUCCCCAGCAACUUGAGGCUCCUUCAUCUUGUCUCUCUUUGCUCUGCCCUCUUCAUUCCUUUCCAUCUUCUGGGAGACCAGGGAGGAGGGGAGCAGGAGGGGGAGAUUCCCUGGCUUCCUCAGCAGCCUGCCCCCACUCCUCUCCAGCCUCGAAUUCUGGACUGCUCUCUGCCACAGACUCUUCCUGCUCACGAAACACUGUUACCUCUUCAGCUUCAUACUCCUCCUCCCAGUCUGCUCCCUCUCCACCCUCUGACCACACAUUGUCAUCUUCCCUUCUUUACUCUGGCUAAGCAACUGUUGCCAUUUGGCUUCCUUCAGGGAUCCUGAAACUGCCUUAUGCUGAAAUAGAAGAGCCCUUCGAAGCCUGGUUCAAUGAGACGGAGGGGAAAAGUCGUAUCCAGUAUUAUCACGGUAAGAGAAGUCUGGUAUUGCCAAGAAGGUGGUUGGAAGCCCAGUGAAAAAGUCUGUUUCAUUUCUCCCAUGAACAUAACCAUAUGGAUUGGGAACAGUUUUAGAUGCCUUACACCAGGUCACGUUAUUUCUCUGUUAAGCCUCAUACUGUUUACUCCACGGAUGGCGGAUGAGCCCUCCAGAUGUCACUGGACCACAACUCUGAUCAUCCUUCCCAUCCAAACUGGGGCUGAUGGGAGUUGGAGUCCAAUAAUAUCUGGAGGACCACAGGACCCCCACAAUAGACCUGCUGUCUCUGACUGGCAGCAGCUCUCCAGUGUCUCAUGCGGAAGUAGUUCCCAUUGCCUGCUUUAAUACGAUGAAGAUGAUGGCUUGUAUCCAAAGAAGCACUUAAGUCUAUGUACACAUUAUACCUUUAAAAAAUAGUCAAAGUACAUUCCUUCUCUCAGAUACCAAUAGAGUCCCAAUGACAACUGGGGGGCUGCUGGUCCUCCACCCCUGAGUUAUAUAAACACAAGAUAGGAAUAAUAAUAGCAGAAACUUGGAAUGUGCUCCUUAAGCUACUCCAGAGACUGUCCCAAGGGGAAGAUAGUGCUGUGAAAGGCUAUCCCUUCCUUCGAAGCCAAAGAGGUGGUCAAGGAGACCUGUUCUAUGUCGCUGGAGGUCAGGGUUGGAUCCAGUUUUCAGGUGGGCCAAGAGCAACAUGCUCUUUCAUACAUUUGUACGAGAGGUUACUUGGGUUGGUGGCAGGUGGCAACAGCACCACAGCCAGUGCAGAGCAGCUUGGGACCCUCGUUUAAAUUUCUCACAAUGCCCUGGAGCAUUCUGGGAAGUUUAAAAUGGUGGCUACAAGUUAUCCAGCAUAUGGGGCACAGGGCAGGCAGCAGGGCAAUAUCACCUCAGAUGUUUGUUUGUUUGUUUGUCAUAUUUAUUCAUAUAGCAAUUAUAUCCUACUUUUUCUCCCACAGGAGCCCAGGGCUGGUGUAUGGUACAUUUGCCCCACAUAAAAAGAUAAUCAAAUCCCUGCAAGUAAAAUAAAAACAAAGGCUUGGGACAUUUGGGAGGAAAAGAAAUCUAGGCCCAGCCCACACCCUGUGUGCAAAUUUUCAACUUGUAUGGGUUUUUUUUUUUUUUAAGAUAUUUAUUGAGAUUUUUAAAAUGUUACAAAAAAGAGAAAAAAUAAAAUAGAAGCAGAAGAGAGUACAAAGGAUAAAAAUAAUUAACAUAAUAGAAAAAAGAGAAAAAAAACCCAACCCCUUCCCACCAUAUACGAAAAAAUUCCAAAUGAGAAAAAAUGACAGAGAAAAAAAAAGAAGAAUGCAAAAAUCACAAAACUUUAAAAACAUUUAAAAACAAAUUCAUUAUUUUCAAAUCCUUAACUGUCAUUACCUUCUUUCUUAGACCUCCUCCUCCUCCCUUUCUUUGUAUCCUAGUUAUUAAUUAUCCCAGCAAAUCCUUGACCUUAUCUUUCUAUAAUAAAAUAAACCUUAAAACUUAAAACUUAAAUCUUAUGCUUACCAACUUCUCAUAAUCAUAAUAUUCUUUCAUAAUUCUUUAAACAUCUUUGCUAAAGCCAAAUAAUUUCAUUUCAACAUUUUUCUAUCAUUCAUCAAUUUUAUAAAACAGUUCUAAUGGUAGAAAAAAGAGGUAUAAACAGAUCCAAUCUUCAUCCAGCUUCCCUUCCUCCUGGUUCCGGGUUUUGUCAGUCCUUAUUCCCGUCAAUCUAGCCCAUUAACCUGGCAACCUUAUGUCCGAGGCCCUCAAGUCUCUUCCAUGACCCUUCCGCGGCUCUUCUUCAUACUUGUAACUGUAUUUUCCCUUGUCUCCUGCUCGUGGUAACUCCAGCUUGACAAUGUUUUUAACCCUUCUCAACAGAUCAGCCAUGUUCAACAAUGAAUUCCAUGUAGUAUUUAAAAGCAUGUUUCAAAGGCCCUCCAAAAUUGAGAGCCCCCACAGUCCCAAACAUCUCACGGCCCGUUGUCAUAUUUGAAAAGUCCAAACAUCCCAGCAUAGGGGGGUCAAUCCAGCCCCCCAUUUCCAAACCAAGCCAAACUUUUCCUUUCCAGAUAUGGCUUUUUCCAAGUUCAUUUGUCAAAUCCAAAAAUCAUAUUCCUGUUGGGCCUGUUCUGUCAAAACACACUCCUGAUUUAAUGUCAAAAACUCCUGUUCUGUCAAGACACACUCCUGAUUUAAAUCCUGAGUGGGCUCCACAUAUUUUCCCACUGUCUGUUCAAAGUUUCCCACUGCCUGUUCAAAAUUUCUAGUCGAAGUCGCCAUCCAAUUCACCUUCUCGUGUAAUUGUUCCAGUAGAUCGUUUGUUUUAUAGAGAGCAUACAACAAGGCUUCUGAAUACAUUGUCCUACAAGGUCAGAUACUUGUUCCCACGGUUGUAAUCUGUAACAGCUGUCGACUCCCUGGAGUUAGUUACAGUUUCACAGUUACACUUUCACAGACUCCCCCUAGGGGGAAGACUUCUAUUUAUUCUUGCAACAAAGUUUCCUUUUUUAAGAUACUUUGUCCAUAUAUAAUCCUUUAAAAUGCGAAAGGGAACAGUGGAAUCACUAGGUUUCUCUUCUUUAGCCAUCUGUCAAAAACACUUGUCUUUGGUUAAUGAACUUCACGCGUCAGUCCUGACAGCCCGCUCCAGGAUCAGGACGGAGGAAAGUUACUUCACUUUAAAGUCACUUUAAACAAUCCAAAAAGAUCCCCCCCUUCUCCUGCUGUUGAAGGGGGGUUCCACAAUUUUAAAUGGUGAAAUCCAAUCUUUUAAAAGCGAUUUCCUGAGCUCUAGUUUAAUUUGCCUUUGCUUUAUUCUGUUUACAAAAGAACGGAAGGAUGACUUCCUGUUUAGACCUUCCUGUUCCGUACCAAAUUCAAAUAAAUUUUUAAAGUCCGAUUCUUUCCUACUCGCAAGUCCUUAUUUGAUGUCCAAUUGUUCAAAGUCUAAGUACUCACGGGUGCUUAUUUUAAAGUCCAAAUUGUCCCAGGAAAAGGCAGCGCUCUCCGGCAACAGCUAUGCGGCUUCGCUCCACGGAAAUAGCAGUUGACUCACAGCACCGCGCCACUUCCCCCUCUUCACUUCGGAGCCCGUUAGUGGGUUCCUUAGCGGGUUGGGGGGGCGCUAAAGGUGCCCGCCGAGUCCCAUGGUCACAGGCUUCAUCCGCCUGUGAUUUUUAAGUGGGUCCCCGCUUCGCCGUAGCGGAGAAGACCCGUUUUCCGCGGAGCUAGUCCCUCCAGUUCAGAGGGAGUCCGCCAUUGCCGGUGGCGCCACCCCGGAAGUCUGGGGUUUUAUUUUGUGGAAUGGAUAUGGGAAGAUUCCCCCCCUCCCACACACACAUGCAGCCUGGAAUGGCAUAAUCCAUUUUGCUACCUCGCUCUGCUGCAUCUGUAGACCAGGAUAGAGUUUUAAAGACUGUGGUUUUGUGUUCACGUCAAAAUGUUUAUAAGAGUUGCCAUUGGUUCCUUCUCUGGAAUAAGAGUGGCCCACUACAUCCUUUUUAUUUCUGGAUCAUGAAUAAAGCUGCAGGCUUUCCCCCAAGACCUGAUUCCUGUCAUCUCUGAAAUAAAUAAUCCACCCAGCUGAGGUUGAAGAGCAGACCUCAGAUUUAUGCAGCAUUUGUUGUAAAGGAAUACUGUUUCCCAACAUGGUGGGCUGGAAAUUCUAAUGGGGUUGGGGAGCCUGUGGGCUUCAAAUUGCUGUUGGACUUGAGCUCCCAUUAGCCCCAGCCAGAGUGGUCAAUGGACAGGGAUGGUGGAAGUUGUAGUCCAACAACAUCUGGAGGGCCACAGUUCUUUGAUCUAAUGCAUGGGUAGGCAAACUAAGGCCCGGGGCCAGAUCCAGCCCAAUCUCCUUCUAAAUCUGGCCCACAGACGGUCUGGGAAUCAGCGUGUUUUUACAUGAGUAGAAUGUAUCCUUUUAUUUAAAAUGCAUCUCUGGGUUAUUUGUGGGGCAUAGGAAUUCGUUCAUAUUUUUUUUCAAAAUAUAGUCCGCCCCCCCCCACAAGGUCUGAGGGACAUUGGACUGGCCCCCUGCUGAAAAAGUUUGCUGACCCCUGAUCUAAUGAAAUAAGAAUUAGAUGUAGUUUCUGAGGCAGAUAUUAGUGUAAUGAAUGCUUCUUUCCUUGCUUCUCCAGGCCAGGUGAUCACUUACCAGUUUAGCUUUGUAAAACCUUUUGGGGCCAGCUUCAAGGUAACUCCAGAAACCACGGAAACCGAGGCCAACAUUAAGGAGUGCUUCCAGAUCAAUGGAACAUUGGAGAAUCCCAUUAGGCCUCAAAGUGUCUUUCCUAACCUAUCUGAAUUCCAGGUGAGUCCCUCAAGCUCCUGCUUCCAAUCAUCUCAGUUCAGACAUCACACCAAACUGUGCAUUAUGUUAACCAUAGUUAUAAAUAAGUUCAUGCCAUGGUUUGAGUUUCCAGACACACGACAAGUGAACUAUGCUUUAGAGUUCCUGAUCUGCUUUUCUGUCCCAUGCACUCAGUUUUGUCUGUUCACCCCUGUCUCCACGGUGCAACAACUCUUUGCAGAGCAAAAUGGUUUGCCAGUGGACUGUGAAUUCAGACAUAAUGGUAAACAACGGUCAGCCCAAAAGUUGGCUUGGCUUGCAAACCUGAGGUUUGAUAUCCUGAUUUGGAAACCCCUCAUAAACUACACUUUGAGAACUGGUAUGGUUUUAGACAUACCGUAACACCAUACCAUGGUUUGAUGUUGUGCCCGAAUGCAGCCAAUAUGCCGUGAAGUGCAUUUUGAGGAUUUCGAAAGCUGGAUUUCAGAGUUGGGGUUGGAAGCUUUAUGCACUGUAACUAACCAAGAAACCUAAUUUCUUUUAGAGAUGAAGAGCUUUAGCCAGCAGUAGCCUUGCUCCUGAACAGAGUCUGGUUGCUGGUGUGCUUUACUCUGUCUUAACUUAAGCUGAGGUAUUUUAUGCCAGCUUCCCAUAUAUAGACUUGCUCCUUACACCCUUAGAGUAGGGGUGGGCAUUUGUUUUUCCUGUUAAGUCUUCAUUUCUUCAGGGGCAAUCUAUUGGGAGCUGCAUGCUGGUGGAGGGUGGGGCCAUAGCAAAAGGGGGCAGGUCACCUCUGCUUUCUCACUUUCUGGCUCCCUCUGCACCAUACAUUUAAACAGUAUCAUAUAACUUUGAACAGCCCCCUCCAAAAUCCUGGAAACAUUGGUUUAGGGUGCUGAGAGUUGUUGGGAGAUUCCUAUUCCCCUCACAGUUCUACAAUUCCCCAAGUGGUUUAACAUCUUAUCCUUUUUCCCAGGAAGCUCUAGUUAAGAGUGCUGGGGGGGGGGCGGGGAGGAGAGAAAAUUGUGGUGAAAAACUAGGAAAUGCUACUGAACUACAACUUCCACGGUCCUCGGUGACUGACCAUGCUUGCUGGGGCCGGUGAGCAGGACCAGCCUACCCAUGAGGUGAGGUGAGGUAGUCAGGUUAGGUGGCAGAUCUGGCCUCAUCUGCUUCCAUUUGCUUUCUCCUCCUCCUCCUCCUAUGUGUCCUGCUACCUCCUUUGCCACUACCAUGGCCUCUGUGCCUGGCUGUAGUGGAGGGGGAGGAGGAGGAGGCUGGGCGCAGAGGAAGUGUUGAUGGUGACAAGGGGGCACAAUUUCUGUUUUGCCUGAAGUGCCAAAACGUCCUGGGCUGACAUUGCUGAUGGAAGUUACAGUUCAGCAACAUCUGGAGGGCCAAGGGUUCUCCAUGCCUGUUUCAAAAGCUCUUGUUUGCUGCACAUCAGUGGUAUUUUCGAACCUGCCCUUCCCAGCCUCUCACUGAGAAUCUUACUCUUUCCUGCUCUCUCGCACUCCAAACUCCAGACUGUUCUGCAGGAAGACUACAACGGGCAGCCCUGCGCAGUCCUGGAGAGUACGUCAUAUUGGGGCAAGAAGAAGAACAUCUACAGGUUCUGGGUUGCAGAUGCUUCCCCAGAGCCUGUCCCAGUGCACUAUGAGAUGAGGGGCUUCAACACUCUCCUGGGCUCCCACUACGACAAGUAUGAGAUAGACUACACCAGCUUUUCCCGCAGAUUCCCCUCUGACGUCUUUGAUCUCCCUGGUGGUAUGUUCAGUGCAGAGCUGUCCUCUUGCAUAGAGAGCCUCCUGUUUCUCCUUCUCCUCACCUACAAGGGUGCAUGUUGCAGCUGUGGUAAUGUCUAGCGCAGAGAUAACCAAUGCUGUGCCUUUCAGAUACUGGGGACUCCACCUCCUAUCAUCCCUGACCACUGGCCAUGCUGGCUGGGCCUGAUGGGUGUUGGAGUCCAAUGACGUCCUGAGAGCACCAUUUUGUCUAAUGCCACUAUAUAUAUUUGUUAUAUUUAUCAGCAGGUUCCAGGGUGGCAUACAACAAUUUAAAAUUCCAAUUAAAUAUGUCAAAACGAAUUACAGUCACAGGGUGGGUCCUUUAAAUGCACAUCUCAGGUGUCAUCUCAACUUGCCAGCUAACCAUGGAAAAGCUAUGCCUGUUGAAUCUCUGCCUGCUCUGGAUUCUAUUAAAGGCACUGAGAUUCUGUCAGGAAAAACAGCAAUAUUAGUUUCAGCCCAAGUACCAAGUAUGGUUGCCAACUUCCAGACAGCAGUGAUGUGGUAGCAUUAAAGAAACAUCACAGGGCAAACUAAAUUGGAAUAAACCUGCUCCUAUUGUGCUGUUGUUGUGUAAAGAAAAUCUUGCAGACUACAGCCACAAUAAAAUACCAGUCUGGACUGCAGCCCAAAGCAAGCAAAUAAGAACUGAAGGGGAAUAAUCUGUAGCUUAUUUUGACUUCUGGUCAUGGCAGUCACUUCUGCUUUCUGCCUCAUAGGUAUAAAAUGCACACGUUGGCCAGGUGUAGGACCGGAGCAUAGGAUCUUGGCCAAUCCCAUGCAAGAAUUUGUUGGGGGAGCCGGGGAAGUAGGCCGAGACCACGAGCAUCUAUUCCAUCACUACAAGGGGAAAUUCAGAAAGACCUACAAGAGUGAGGAGGAGAUGGAGCACAGGAAGCACAACUUCAUCCACAACAUGAGGUACACAAAAUGUGGAUGAAAAAAUUGUACAGUUGGAAACUGAUAAUUUACAGCUGGAAAAUGGGAAAGAGGGAAAUCAGAUAUGCCAGGCAUAUGUGCUUUUCAUUAUUAUUGUUUUCCAGAUACGUCCACUCCAAGAACAGGGCCAACCUCUCCUACAAACUGGCUGUGAACCACUUGGCCGAUCAUACACCAGAGGAGAUGGCAGUGAUGAGGGGGAGGCUAAAGACCGGUGAACCCAACCAGGGCUGGCCCUUCCCUGCCCAAGGCUAUGACAACCUCACCCUGCCAGAGAGUCUGGAUUGGCGGCUUUAUGGUGAUCAUAAAGCCCUCGUUUUGAAUUUAAAUUUGGAAAGAAUACUUAUAGUAACAGUUCGGGGGGGGGGGAAUCCAAACUGAAAUAGGACAUCUGCAAAAUUUAAUUGCAAAGAAGUAACAUUCCCUGUGAAAACCCACUCUUUAAAGCUGAAUCAGAGCAAACAUCAAUUUAGGUUUUCCGUGGAUUGACGUUUGCUCUGAUUGAGCUUUAAAGGGUGAGUUUUCACAGGGAAGGCCGUGGAGGAAAAUAAAGGGCACUCAGACAGGGAGCUUUAAAUUGCGGAUGUGCCUGGAAAGAGCAGGGGAAAGGUUAUUAUGGAUAAGCCCUGAGUGCAAUUUUAUCCUCUCUAUUUGUCCCAUUUAUUCCCACACUGCCUCCCUAAAUCUGUCAUUUGGGGGUCCCCCAAUCCUUUAGAGCAGAUCGGGGGGGGGGACACACGAAGCACUAAUGAGUGCUGCAUUGUAUACAAGCCAAAAUGUAUACAAGAUUAAAUAGAACGCAAGUGUAUAUUUCAAAAGGAUUUCACUAAAGUGAAAAAGAAAAGGGAGGGGAAGAUAGGACUCUACAAUAUAUCAAAAGCUUUUGAAAGUAAAUUAAAUAAUAAUUUAACUAACCUAAACAAACUUGACUUCAAAACAGCAUAAAACUGAAAUAUAUUUCAAUUAACCCUACUUUUUUCUCUCCCCCUUCCCCCUAUAUUAAAUAAUGGGAAGUAGCAAGUGAGGGGCAAGGUGGUGGGAAGUUUGGCAUGGUGGAAAUAUGCCAGUGGAGCCAAUCCUGUGCUCCUGUGUGUGGAUUUGCUCCAUGCCAACUUCAUGCAGCAGCGACUUGGGCUUUAAAAAAAUAAUAAUUAAUAUGACAUUGUGGUUGGGAUCUGUUUCUCUAUAAUUUUUGUCCCCAUUUCUCUCUGCCUACCAAUGAAGGUGCUGUGACCCCAGUCAAAGACCAGGCCGUGUGUGGUUCCUGCUGGAGUUUUGCUACGACAGGAACACUGGAAGGCGCCCUCUUUCUCAAGGUGAGGACCUGGGCGCUUGACUGUGUCUUGAGGCUUCCUUGAUUCCUCAGAGCCCUUAAAGAACAUGGUCUCGCUUCCCCCAAAGAAUCCUAGAACUGUAGUUGGCUAAGGGUUCUAGGAAUUGUAGCCCUGUGUGAGAUAAACUAGAGUUAAACACAUCAUUAUUAUUGAUUGAUUGAUUGAUUGGAUUUAUAUACUGCCCUAUAUCCAGGGGUCUCAGGGCGGUUCACAGAAGAAAAUCAAGAUAUAAAACCACAAAAUACAUAAUAAAAAUAAAAACAACAACCCAAUAGCCACACACACCCAGCACAUUUUAAAAGGGCAUAGGAUGUAAAUCAGAUCAACCAAAGGCCUGGUUAAAGAGGAAUGUUUUUGCCUGGCACCUAAAGGUGUAUAAUGAAGGUACCAGGCGAACUUCCCUGGGGAGAGCAUUCCACAGAUGGGGAGCCACUGCAGAGAAGGCCUGUUCUCGUGUUGCCACCCUCUGGAUCUCCACUUGGUAUAGAUGUCACUGAAAUUGUGAACCUGUUCUGGGACCAUACCUCUUCAUCCUGGGAAGUAUAGUUUAAGGGUGCUGAGGGUUGUUAGAAUAUUCCUAUUCCUCUCACAGAGUGGCAAUUCCCAGAGCUCUCUUGGAAGAGUGGUUGAUUUUUAAACUACUCUGGGAACUGUAGCUCUCUGAGGGCAAUAGGUGGCUCCUAACAACUCCCAGCUCCCUUAACAAGCCAAAGUUCCCAGGAUUCUUUGGUGAAAAAGUAGAGUAAAAGAAAAAUGCCUUAAUGGAGGGCUCCCCCAAACUUCCACUGGUCCCAUGCCUAGGGUCCAAGCAGUUUUCUGUUUGCCCCACUGGUUUCCCGGGGAAUAUCUGCUCUUUAGGGCCAAACAUCAACCUGUGGGGAAACCCGGUGGACGCUUGCUCUGUUUUGGUGUGUGGUAAAGAUCUGGUUUCCCCGGGGGAAAGUGGUGGGACAAGGGGAAUUCUGGAUGAGUCCUAACUAAAUAAAUAUCCCAUCUUUUCCGUACAGACCGGAGUCCUCACUCCACUGUCACAGCAAGUCUUAAUCGAUUGUUCCUGGGGCUUUGGAAACCAUGCCUGUGAUGGGGGCCAGGAACGGCAUGCCUAUGAGUGGAUUAUGAAGCAUGGUGGGAUUGCCAGCACAGAGUCCUAUGGGCCGUACCAGGGUCAGGUGAGUGCAGAAUGUCCACCUGGAGCAACCAGAGGGUGGCAUUUCUCUUGGGCAAACUUCCAGGAGCCACGUGCCUUACCUUUACAUAGCCAUGCAAAGGCCAGAGGUUUCUAUGCAUCCUCCAUCUAGGCAAGCAGAAGGCAUCAUCAGUUUGAUGACACAUUCCAGCAGGGCAAAAGCACCUGAGCUUGGAGCAAGGGAGAGUCCCAGGGGCCAGACAGAAGGGAACAAGGGCCACAUUUGCCCCCCGCCCAGGCCUGAGAUUCCCUACCCUUACAAUAGUGAUGCCCACUGCUUCCUUCUUAAACGCUAUUGCACCUGAGAUAAUUUGAAGAGGGGACGGUGGGCUGCUGUCAUCAACAUAUUUGAUCCUUUGAGAAAAAGGAAUGUCUCAAUAAGACAAAUAUGUGAAUCAUCCAGGUAUACGCAUCAGAGGCAGGGCUGGUUGUGGUUCUCGGCUGGGUGGGCUUGCCAGUGCGUAGGGUGAAAAAUUGCCCUCAGGAGUAUGGGAAUGUUCAGGGAGGCAGGAGAGGAUAUAUUGUUUAAUUAUAUCCUUCCCAACUUGUGUUAACAGGUUCUAUAACUUAGCAGAGUAACAUUCCCCUUUUUAAACUUGUACAGCAGAUACGUCUCUUCCAGGCUUGCAUAAGCCUCUAAAAUACGUUUCUUGGUAAAUUCCCCUUUAUUCCCUCGUAAAAAGAUUAGACACAACAGUCUUGUAUAAAAGUAUAAAAGAGUUUACUCACACACAUUCUGGUCACAGAUGGAUCCCAGAAGGCAGACUUAGGUUACAAAAUAUAUACACCUGGAAUCUAUCCCAUAAGGAGAUAGUUCCUUUGUCCUCUCUUGGCUGGAGCAUCUCAGGCUGAUAAGAUGUUGCUUCUUCGACGAAUGGAGUCGGAGAGAGAUGUGGCUGCCUCCCCUGUGCUGUUUUGUUACCUGCAUAAGUAAGGCCACGCCCACCUCUGUUCACAUGUAGAGGAAGUCUGUCCCAGCCCAGGAGGAAACAGGAAGUUCCGACAGGCUGGUCCAGACAUCCCCUUUUAUGUCCACUCUAGGAAUGUUGUAUUUGACUCUGUGUUUCACAUCCCACAAGGAGUUACUAGGAAUCAGCAUUCUUUAAGUUACCCAAAACAGCUCACCAAGGCUUUGUUGAAGGAUACAAAGCAACAAUGCAGCUUCAGAGGGCAGGGCAAUUUUUCACCAGGAUGGCAGCAGGAGAGGAAAGGGUUAAAUUCCCUGCUCUGCAUUUGUUGCAAUCCAGGCCUGUCGCCUCCCCUACCAAUCAGCUGUUACUUGCAUGUUAAGAAUACAAGAGGAGCCCUGUGGAAUCAGACCAAAAGCAAAUCUAGUCCAGCAUCCUCUUUCCUAGAGUUUCCAACCAGGCUCCUGUAGGAAGCCCACAAAACAGGGCAGGAGAACAAUAGCUCCCUGCAAGAUAUAAAUGAUGAAUGCAGAUGUGCACCAAGUUUGACUCUUAGAUUCCAACGCCCCAUAUACUUCCAAGCAUAUUUUUGUGUUCAUAAGGACUAGAACAUGGAAGAUAAGGUUCUCAGGAAGUUGAAUGCUGCAAUCUGUGGCUUCACUGCCCUUUUGUGGUGGCGUUCUGCACAAACAGCUCAUCGUGUACUUUGCACAAAUUGCAGCCCAAAAGCAGGGAGUGCACACAGAAUCACAAGCUUAUAUCUGGGGCUGGAAUAGCUUUCUUGCAGUGAAACUGGGGUGUGUGUCUGCUUUCCCUUUGCCAGAAUGGCUACUGUCACUACAACCAAUCUGAGCUGAUUGCAACUCUCUCUGGCUAUGUCCGUGUGGCCUCUGAAAACACCACUGCCCUGAAGGCUGCUCUUUACAAGCAUGGCCCGGUGGCCGUGAACAUUGACGCCUCCCACAAGUCCUUUGCCUUCUACUCCAGUGGCAUCUACUAUGAGCCAAACUGCGGUGAGUCUAAUGUCACUCCUUAGUUCAAAGCCUCUGUGGUGGGAUGGGAAUUUUAUGGAUGUGUCAACUUUAUAGGUAGGUGUCACAAUGGAAAUUCUCUUGCACCACCAGUCACCAUUUAAGGCAUGCAUGGGGAGCCUGUGACCCUCCAAGUAUCAUUGGACUCCAGCUCCCACCAGCAUGAUCCGUGGUCGGGGAUGUAGAGGGUUGUGGUCCAACAACAUCUGCAGAGCCAUAGGGUCAUACUUGCUAUGGUGCUUAGAGCUGUCAAGUCAGGAGCAUCCCAGACCCUGAGACUUCAGAACCCAAUUCUGAGAUCAGGAGUGGCUCCUGGUGAUGUCAUGGAGAUGGGACUUGGUGAUGUCACAGGGCGGGCCCUGGUGAUUCUUCCUCUGCACUCCUUCUUACCACUAAGCCCUGGAGAUGGAAGUUAAUUGGGACAGGGGAAGAGGGAGCUGUGGAUGGCAGACUCCUAGAGAGUCCAUGCAGUCAUUUGCAGCUGACUUCUGCCAGGCUGAAGCUUACAAGCUGCACACAUAGUCUUCUUAAUAAAAAAUAUUUUUUUAAAGGCACUCUUGCCCACCUAAAGAGUCAAGCCCUCUACCCAGCACCUGGAGUGGGGCAGGCAAAUGUGGAGACUUCAGGUCAGCUCUGGAGGUCUGUCAGCAUAAAAUCAACAAUAAUAUGAUCUCCUUAAAAACAAGUACAAAAUGCAUCACAAAUCAAUCAUUAGAUCAGCUUAGUGCAUUGACAUAGCUGGAUCACCUAUCAGGGAAAGUCUGGGUAAACAGAUGAAUUUUAAGCAGGUGCUUAAAUGCCAAUACUGUUGGUAGUUGCUUGCCUGAUGUUCACUAGAAGUGCAUUCCAGAGGGCAGAUUUUACCACAGUAAAGGCCCUGGUAGAGGGAGGGAAGGAUCUGUCAAUCUUGGUUCUCUCUGUUUUGCAUUUUGUCCCAAUCUUAGAUUUAGUUGACCAAUAUGAGUUGCAGCAAUAUGAGAUUUUAUUCUUUUAAUCCUUAUGAAAAUUCAUUGUUAUUAAUAUUAAUAUUAUUCUUAUUAUAUAUUUAUACUCAACAUUUCCCCCUGGCUCAGUUGGCAUUUUUGUGCACAUUUAUCCUAAUAAAAACAGUUUUAUAUGCAGCUUUGACUAAUGCACACAUUUCUGCAAGCAACCUUGCCUAAUAUAUGCAUUUAAAAAAAACAAAACAAAAAAACACUGGUUGGUUGGAGAACUGCAUUUCAGAAUUCCAGUAAGUGCAAAUUUUGAAGGAUAUCUGCAUUUCAAAUCACAUAAUGUUUCACAAAGCGCAAAUUUGAUAGAUUUGGUUUUAAAUGCAUAUUUACUCUGAUUUCUCCUCCACCCCUGGUCUUAGUGUACACAAGAAAAGCUUGGGGAUCUGUGGCACUAGGUGGUGAAUUGAUUCCUGGUCCUCUUUUCUUCUAGGAAACAAGAGCAUGGAGUUAGACCAUGCAGUCCUAGCUGUGGGAUAUGGGGACCUCGAAGGGGAGAGCUACUGGCUCAUCAAGAACUCUUGGUCCACAUAUUGGGGCAAUGAUGGCUACAUCCUCAUGUCGAUGAAGGACAACAACUGUGGGGUGGCAACAGCUCCCACCUACCCAGUCCUGGCCUAA